UGACUUCCCAACCAUGGUUAAGAUUUUAUUUUCGACUGCUAUUUCCGGUCGCAUGCUUUUACAUUUCGAUUGCUUUCAGUCAUUAUUUCUUCCAAAUGUUAAUAAUAAACAGAUAAAAAAAGAAAACAAAUCUUUUGGAUAGUUUUCAACUUCAAAUAAAGUGUAAUAAUAAAUACACUAUUUUCAAGUGUUUAUUAAACUCGUGUUUUAAGUUUUUUAUUUUUGUAAAAACAAAAAUUUUGGUUAUUCAUGAUGAAUACCCGUUCGAAAAAUAAGAGAAGCCAAAGUGUAACGCUAGAAAAAGAAGUACCGGCUAAAAAACCCAAAAAUAAAAAAUUACAACUUGAUGACGCAAUUAAAACCGGAAAUUUGGAAUUAGUGAAAUUAUUCUACAAGAAUAUGACAAUCGAAGUAAAAAGAGAAAAUAAUCAACAACACCUAAACUCAGCAGUGGAAAACAAUCAUAUUGAAGUUGUAAAAUACUUACUUGAUAAUGACUUUAAAAAAGAAUUAUCAAUUCAAGAGAAUCACAUUCUCAUUCGUAAGUGUAUUUUAAAUAAUCGUUUGGAUAUUGCGAAAUGUUUCAUUGACAAUGAUGUGGGAAUUAAUGAACAAAAUGCCGAGACUGAAACAUUGCUUCAUUAUUCAGCAAAAUAUGGUCGUUUAAAUAUAUUGAAAUAUUUAAUUGAAUGUGGUGCUGAGAUAAAUAUACGAACGGAUUUUAAUGAAACACCCCUUCAUUAUGCGAUAAAAGCAGAACAAGUGGAAAUUGUUAAAGAACUCUUAAGUCUUAAAGGCAAGGAAACAAAUUAUGAUUUUGUAUUUCAAAAUUUAGCCGUUCACACAGCUGCUCAAAAUGGAAAUGAAGAAAUUUUUCAUAUGCUCAUUGAAGCAAGAUAUCCUCUUAAUGAUUGUCUUAAAGAAAAACAUCCCAUUCACGUUGCAGCUGAAUUUGGUCAUUGGAAAUUAAUAAAAAUUUUAAUUAAAGCCGGUGUUGAUAUUAAUACAAAAUCAAAAGAUAACAAUACCCCAUUGUAUUUUGCAGCAGUUUCGGGUAAAUCAAUUGUCGUGGAAUUUCUUCUUGAUGCUGGAUCUAAGUUAUCUAAAUCUUACAAUGAACAAAUUCCAGAAAUAAUUGUUUCAGUUUUAAAUAGAAGAGAAAGAAUGAAAAGUUUAAAAGUUGAAUAUUUUGUUAAAAUACUCAGGUCAUUGAUUAAUUACAUACCGGACGAUAAAUUUGAUGAACAAAUUUUUUCAAGUAUAAAUUAUGCAUUCCCAUAUAAAGCUCCUGUUAAAUUACUUGAUGUUCUUUUUGAAUAUGAUAUUAGUAAUUUUUCUGUUUCUCAUGAAUGGUACAGAAGUAAUUCUAAAUUAUUUAUUGCUUUAAUUGAUCAUGUUGAUAAUUUUGCAACGCUUAUUGGUACAUUAAAUUAUGUAACAGUAUUAGACACCGAGCAUGCUAGAUUUAUUAAAAGUAAAGACAUUGAAUCCAUUGUGGCGCGAAUUGCAUUGUUACAAUUGACCUAUGAAAAUACCAAUUUUGAUGGUUUGUUUUUUCUUCUUUUUCGUAAUAUGCUUGAAAAACACUAUAGUGCUUGUAAUAAGAAGUUAAAGAUUAUGCAAAGUUUAAAAAUAAUCGAGGGAAUUAAUGUGACUUAUUAUGAUAUUUUAUCGAAACCUAUUGAUAAAGUUGCAAAUUAUUUUAAACACGAGAAAUUAAUGUUAACUUUAGAAUCUUCGUUCAAAAUGUUUACGGAAUAUAUUUCAUUGUUUGAGCAAAGAAUUAAAAUAGUUAAAGAAAGAAAAGAAUUAUUCAAAGCUGCUGCAUUAAAUUUGUUUAAUCUUGUUAAUGACAUUCAUAAAAUUCAACUUCCUUCUUUAGUUAUUGAAAAUAUUUUAAAAUUUCUAUCAGUUAUAAAUUUACGAAGAUUAUUGUCCGUUUGUUCUUUAAUUGAUUUAAAGUAAAUAUUUAAGCGUUUUUAAAUAUUCAAUUUUAUGUUUAACUGAGAAUGAGCAGAUGUUUUAAGAAUCAUAUUUUGUGUUUUGUUGAUCGUUUUAUUUUAUCGUUCUUUUGUUUGUCAUGAGUUGUCAAAAGUUAAUUACUCGUUCUGUUAAUGUAUUAUAAAGCUUAAAAAAUAGAAACAGUAAAAAAAAGUUUUAAAUUUUUUCCGCAUUAAAAAUGUUCUAUUUUUG